CCUGCUGCUGCUGCUGCUGCUGCUCCUCCUCCUCUCCGUCCUCUCUGUAGUCUCACUCCGCGUCUCCCUCCAUCAGCAGCGGUCUGGAUGCUCGCAGGGACGGAAACAUGGCCGUGAAUCUCGCCAAGAACAGACUGCCCCUGCUGACCGCCUACCAGGACGUCAUCGACGAGUACUCGGACACCGACUGGGCCUUGUACACAUACGAGGACGACAGUAAUGACUUGAUACUGUCCUCAUCUGGAGGAGGCGGUCUGGCAGAGAUCACGCUGACCUUCGACAAUGGCAGGGUGAUGUACGGCUUCUGCAGCCUCAAGGAGCCCACCGCCGCUCUGCCACGAUACAUCCUCAUCAACUGGGUUGGAGAAGAUGUGGCAGAUGCCAGGAAGUGUGCCUGUGCCAGCCACGUUGCCACCAUCGCAGAUUUCUUCCAGGGCGUGGAGGUCAUCAUCAACGCCAGCAGUCUGGAAGACAUCGACCCGUCCGCCAUCGGCCAGCGACUGACCAACGGGACGGCGCCAGUGGCGAGCCCCGUCAUGAGCCGCCUGAGGACCCGAGAGGAAGAUAAUGUAGAUGCGGGCACCGUGUACCAGAAGACCAAUGCAGAGGUGGAGAUGAAGAAAAUCAAUAGAGAGGAGUUUUGGGAGCAAGCCAAGCGUGAAGAGGAGUUGAGGAAGGAAGAGGACAAAAAGAAGGCUGCGGAGGAGCGGCAGCGUUUCGAAGAGGAGCGAAUGGAGCUGGAGAAGAAGGAGCAGGAGAAUCGAGAGAAGAGGUACCGCGAGAGGGAGAGGCAGAUCGAGGAGCACAGGAAGAAGAUGCUGGAGGAAGAAGAGGCCAGAGAGAGAUUGAGGAACCAGACCACCAUGGCAGCAGAGGCGAGCCUGGAGGACCUCGACCUGAACAAGAAGGAGUCUGAGGUGGAGGAAGCAAAGGCCAUCAUCGCUCAGCGGUCCGGAAACCCUCGAGAGUUUUUCAAGCAGAAGGAGAGAGCCUUGACCAUCAGUGUUGACACCUCGCCCGUCUCCAUCCACAGGACCGGCCGUUUGGACAGCCCCUUCUUGAAGCAGCAGCACAGUCCCAGCAGCCCCUGUAUGACCCCCCCACUGCGGGGCGUGUCCCCCCUCCGCACCCCGCUACAAACUCGGACGCAGCCCACCGCCACAGCCGGGGAUGAUGAUGAUGAUGAUGUUGACGGUGAUGAUGAAGCGAGCAAAGAGCGCAACAUGGCUGCUAUCUCUCCCAUUCCUAAAAUAAUCACCACACCCAUCAAAGAGGACUUCAGCAGGGAGGAGGAAGAGCACAGAGACACGUGGGACUCUGCGCCAAAGGAGGAGCAGAAAGCGCCAGUCCAGGAGUCGGCCCCCACCAAGCCGGUGCAGAGCGUCGCCCCGCAGGCCCGCGACUCCUCCGGCUUCUCCCCGUGGGACUCUGGAACAGACAACCUGGUGGACGUGUGGGACGCCAGCUCCGCCCCCCCCGCCCAGACCAGCCAGUCCUCCGGCCUGGUGGACCUGAUGGGGGACGUCCUUCACGAUGAGAUCCCCUCCAGCGCCGCCGUGGGCAGCCCCCGGCCCCAGCCCCUCCUCAGCUUCGACGAGGUCUUAGACGGGAGCUUCUGCUCGGGCACCGUCGCCGAGGACGACCCCUCCAGUCUGGUGGACGUGACAGGCUCGGACCAAAUGACCCUUAGCUACCAGCAUGCACUGCAGCACGCCUCGGCGGACGGUCCGGAGCUGGAGGACGGCCAGCUGCUGAUGACCAACGGAGAGACGCUGCUGAAGGAAGGGACGCAGGCGAGUGAAGGCUAUUUCAGCCAAUCACAGGAGGAGGAAUUUGGCCAAUCAGAGGAGUCUUCAGCCAAACCAGCACCAGUCCUUUAUAACAGGCCUCCAGAGAUUGACAUCACGUGCUGGGACACGGACCCCGUGGUGGACGAGGACGACGAUUAACCCGCUGCUCUGACAUCACCACCAGACCAAGAAGAAGUAGGAAGUGCGCCUCAUGGAGAAAAUGGAUUUCUUUUUUUUUUCUAAAAAACAAAAACACAAACAAACAAAAAAGUAGUAAUAAUAAUAAUUAUGAUAACAAGUCUUGCAUCAAAACUACUUCUGUAUUAUCUUUUAGAGGAACAGGAAACAGUAGCCACUGUUUGAGUUAUUGUUGAAAAUGGUUUGGAAGGCUCAGUUCUGAUUUGUUCUGUGUUUAUUUUAUUUAUUUGUCUUUUUUUUCCUGUCUUUUUUCUUUUUUUUUGCUAUGCAGAUGUAAUAGCGGGGGAGCGAGGGGUUUUGUCUGUCUGUGUACAUGAUUUAUUACACAUUGCUGCAUAUUAGAGACAAUGAAACGCAGUGUGCGGCACGCAGCCCACACUUUUAGUCGGUAGUGCUUUAAAAACACUCUAUAAACUAAUCCAGUGGAUGAAAAGAGCUGCCAUGUUAAACCUUCACUCUGUUCUUUUCUAACCUCUUUCUUUCUGCAUUCCUACCCGAGAAUACUCACCUCUGCCAGUCAGUUAAUCUUGUAUUAGAUCUCACUUUCAUGUUUAAGAAAAGGUGGAAUAUUUUAUUUAUUCUGGUGUAUCUGAACUGAAAUUCAUUUCAAACAAACAGGUCUGUGGCUCCUUUUUGACCUUUUUCACUCCUUUUGUAUGAGUUCAAGAUUAAAUGGCUUCUCAAUCUGA